CCGACAACUGACAUUUGCCUUGGGUUUCACUGACAACUGACAAAGGACUUGAUUGUACCUCAUUUUCUACAAAACCCGCUUUUAAGACCUUUUAUAAGUAUUAGUACACUCUUUUUGUCAGACAAUGUGAUCAAAUGUACGCUUAUAUGGAUACUCUUCGAAGCAGGACGCUUAAGUGGCAAAUUUCCUUAAUGGUCUACCGUAAAGCCUAUCAUGUGUCAUGGAUCAUCCGUUGGAAAUGGCCAUUGAUCUCAAAUUUACACUCCUCUGAGAACGCACCAGCAUACACGUUGGCUGCUAAUGAAGGCGGUAUAAAAGCAAUAGUAAAUUUUUACCGAGAUGUUUCAGAUUCGGUCUUUUUUCGUCUUUCACAUGAUCUACGUCCCAGUAUUCUAAAGGUAUAAAUUUUGAUUGGCUUAAUGGUUGGAAAUGUUGGACUCUGGCCAGCAAAAACGUUUGUGUGGACGAGAGUAAAACAAGACUUGAGAAGUGGAGGGCCACUUGAAAUGCUUUCAACAGGCUUGUUUAUUUUCGCACGUAUUGCGUGCCUAUUGCAACUUUGAAUCAAAACGAGCGAUGUCGAUUACAGUAUUUGGGCGACGCCCAAGGGAAAAAACGUACGUAAACAUUAAUUGGUGAUGCCGACUUUAGAAAACACCCGAUCAUCGGCGGCGUCCGUAAAAUGACGACUUCUGCGCAUGCUCAUGUGUGAAAUGAUGCGUUUCUCCCUCGUGAGCCCCUUUUAGCUUCUCCAUGGGUCAAAAAUUUAACUGACAACUGACAUUUUUCCCCCCCCCCCCCCCUCCCAAUACAGCCCCUCUUAAAUCGCUAGAAAUGCAUUCAAAGCGGCGCUAUAAAAUUUGUAUGCGUUCGGUCACCCUAGGAGAACUUGAGUCUUUUCGAAAUUACAAGGGCUUCAGUCUUAUUAUCUCGAAAAUUGUAGAUGCAAUUUAACGUUUUACCAAAGAGAGAAUUUUUCUUUUUUCUCUACGGAAAAUAGCCCAACAUGGGGGCUGACAUGCGAAAAUCUUAGGAAAGUUAUUAGACAAGCUUCGAAAAUUGUACAUGAAUAGAACAGGUAUCUAGGAGAAUUUUUAGCCGUCCUAAACCAAUAGAAAAUUCUAGGCCAUGUUUGCUUUUCGGAACAGAUAUUAGAUAUUUUAACUCCUCAAUAUCUGGGGUCAGUUUUACUCCUGAAAAAGAGUUCUUUAAACUCCUUUUUGGAGUUAAAAUAACUCCCCCAAAAAUAACUCUACUGUAAGGAGUUAAAUUAACCCCACUAGAGCAGUUAUUAUAACUCCUUGAAAAUUACAGUGCAGAUUCUCUGAUAAUCAGCCUUCAGUCUUACUGGUGAACAAAAAGCCUGCUAUAACAACAGUAUGAUAAAGGAUUUGUCGAUAUCUUAACUUCCUCUCAAUUAAUCCACUUAUUUAUUUUUAUUUUUAUUUUUUAACUCAGAUGUUUGCUGGCAUGAGCAGUUGCAUCAAGAAGGAAGGACUACCCCCAUUAUGAUAGUAAAAGUAAUUAGAGGCACAAUAUAGAGCAUUAAAAACGUGUUUACCACCUUUGAGCGUUGGUUUUUAAUGUGGUUUUUGUUUUUUUUGCUUUGUUUUUUCUAUUCUUUCUUUAAUUUCUUUUGUUUUCUUUUCUUUUCUGUACUUUUGUUUUCUUUUUUUUUUUCUUCGCUGUUUAUCAGUGACCUUGUUGACUUAACUUUUGUAACAAGGAAAAAUGUAUUUGAAGUGACGAACUGUAGUGGUACCUAACUCAUUCGAUUUCUUUAAGUAUGGAUGUCUGGGACCCUUUUGCACUCCCUCUCAAGAAAAAUCCCACCGCCAUCUUGGUCUAAAUGUGAUCAAAUGUUUCUUCAACAAAUGUUAAAAUUUAGUAAAAAGUAGAGCACAUCACAGGAGAGAACUUCACUACGAGCCCCUUACGACAGAUACUCUAUCUUGCUCGAAAAAAUGUCUUAGAUUGGACUAAAAUUAGUCAAGUAGUUUUUGGCAUUAUCCCACACGUACCCUUGCUUGUUUUAAAUCCGAACUUCAGUUCCCGAGGUGGUCCUCAUUUGCAUGUUUGCGCGUGCUAAUAACCGUGAGCAAACCAUGCUUUAAUUCAUGUGUUAAGCCUUGACCUACCAAACGGGGUCCACGGAUCAGACCCAAGAUUAUGUUUGAGAAUCACUGUUGAAUUAAGCUGGCAUGGUUGAACAAUGUUUCUGGGUGUUUAGGGAUUUGACUCCAUGUAAAAGCCACUUCUAAAUGCAUGAUACUUUUAGAUUCCAGAUGACUAUGUAAACUUGGCUCUCGUUUUCCCAUUGGGGUGCAAAUAGACCCCAACAAUAAAAACAACAGCAACAGGAAUGGCAACAAACAAACACAUCUAGCUAUCAGAGGCACCCAACGACUGUUUUCUGUAAAAUAUCUGUUCGGAGAAGCGAAUAUUGCCUAGAAAUUUCUAUUACUUGAGGACGGCUAAUAAUUUCUAGAUGACCGCGUUCCAUUCAUGUACGAUUUUCGAAGCUUAUCUUAUAAAUUCCCUAAAAUUUUCUGAAGUUUAAUUGCACAGUUUACUUUCCCAAGUUAGUCUAUUUUUUCGUAGAAAAAAAGGAACCUAAAGUUCUCGGAUUCAAAAAUGUGAUAGCGUUAGGAACAAUCACAAAAUGACUCACUUUCGUAAUACGUCCAAUUUCAUCUAAAAUUUUCGGGAAAAUGAUACUCUUGAAAGCAUUUGUAAUUUCGAAAGACCAAAGUUCCCCUAGGAUCAGCGAAGAGAUACAAAUUUUAUAACGCCGCUUAUAAUGCAUUUCUAGAUUUUUAAAACUACUCUCAGUAGCCUAUACAGUUUUUUUCAAUGUAUUUAGGAGGAAACCAUCGUUGGGUGCCCCUGAUCUGUGCAUCUUAUACCACGGUUGAUAUUCCCGUCUCCUAUAGUGUGUUUCCCGCGUGACUUCUCGCCACUUCCCCAGCAGAGAACUGGCUGCGAAACGACACACCCAUUGAUAGAAAACUAUCAACUAACGUAACAAUCUUGAAAAUGGCACAAACGUCCAAUAUCAUAAAACUUUCGGCAAGUAAGGUUAUUAUUUAACUUAGUAAUAGUUAGUAAUGCAGAUUCUUCUCUCACUGCUGAAUACUUAAUACUUAUUUAAUGUGUGCAACUGAAUAAACAGCUUUGCUGGCUUUCAGAAAAUUUAACGCUCACUUCUUUUGAGAACUCAAUGCCGACUUGAGAAAUCAAAACUGUUACAGUCAGUCUAAUCACCUAAAAUACUGACAUUCUUUCAACUGCGAUAUCAGAAUGACAACAUCAUCAACAACAAUAACAACGUUACAGCAGCGUCAUGUUCAAGUUGAAAUGGGUUAACGUUACUGCUGUCGAAUUAGUAAUUUCAAUCAGGUGCUUCAAAAAUAAACUACUUGUUCAUAGCAAACGAUUGUCCUGUUUUAUUAUCACACACAAACUUUUGCUUCCAAUGAUCUGAGUCAGUGCACGAAUAAAUCAGUGUUUACAUUGCAAUUACAAAAGAGCUGUACCCGAAAGGAAGUCUAUUGAAUUUAAAGCUCGUCUCUUUUCAGAACUCAAAGCCAAGUUAAAAAGGUAAAACUAGCACAGUGUAUGGCAGUCUAUAAUCACCUAAAAUUCUAACAUUAUUUCACUGGCGAUAUCAUCAAACAACAUGGCAACCGCAACAAAAACAACAACGUUACAACAGCGUCAUGUUCCACAAAAUGGCUUUUCCCGGAUAUUAAAUUGACAGAGUUGGAUCAAAUACUUUUUGUAAAACAAAGCAUAAAAGUUUCUCUGAAAAUAAAAAUGGGUCGCUGUUGUUAGUAUUUUCAAUCAGAUGUAAAAAGUUCUACUUGCUAGCUGAAACGAUUGCGCUGUUUUAUUAUCACAAAAACAAACGUUUGCCAUGCAUGAUCUGAGUGAAUGGACGACCAAAUCGAUGUUUACAAUGCCAUUACAAAAGAGCUGUACCCGAAAGGAAGCCUAUUGAAUCGACGCUCGUGAUCAGCUAACAUUUAAAAGACCGCCUAAGAAUUCUAUUCAAACGAUUGUAAAUACAAAACCUUUAGAGAAGAUAACAAUGAAACAGGUGAGACCACUGAUAAAACAUUCCUCUCUAUAAAAACAACUAUGUACUUGAGUUUUUAAGCACUUUCUGAAGAUGAGGUUCUGGAUCGGACUUUCAGUCUUUCUGCUUGGGAUUUCAAGCACCCAAGGUAGGAAACAGCCCUAACUACUGAGUGUGCAAAAUAUUAUAAACGCGUAUAAGUUUUGGAUUAUAUGAAUUUUUCCGUCACCUAUCCCUGGUAUACAUGUAUUGGCUGACCCCUUUUUUGCUUCUCUGAAAUUGCUGUUUGUAGCUGAUGAAAUCACACUCUUUUUCUAUAAAUAGACAAGGAAGGCACACAUCCACAAUGCCCAAUUUCGAUCAGUUUAUGUUUUUUUUUUUUGACACUUAUGCAGUUAUUUAUUUUAUAAUGCCACAUUUCACAAAAGGGUUUCCGUUUUUCUCUAAAACUUCUAAAGAGCAAUUUUGCUUCAUUUUAAACACAUUUUAGGCUGCGGAAUCAAGCCAUAUUCUGCGCGAGUGGUGAAUGGAGAAAAUGCCCACCAACACGCCUGGCCUUGGCAGAUUUCUCUAAGAGUGAAUGGUCGCCAUAUUUGUGGAGGAUCUCUAAUCAAGAAUGAUUGGGUCGUCACAGCGGCUCAUUGCGUAGAUCGAAAUCCUAGCCCAAGUGGCUAUACUGUCGUUGUAGGUAAGUAUUUUUGUUUUUGUUUCUUUUCUUUUCUGGUCACAAACGUUUUUCAACAAAGUUUAAGGCAUAACACACCUCGCGUUUAUGAGCCAGACUUGUAAAAAAAUAAAUUUUCUUUACUCCCGUUCCCGUAGCUUGUUGUUAUCAUUAUUAUUUUUCUUUCUUUCUUUCUUUCUUUUUUAUUAUGAUUUUUAACCAUGCGAAGCCUAAGCUUUUUUUAUCAUUACUUUUUUGGGGGAAAAGAAAUCCCGAUUAACUUAACAACCUCACUUACGUUACAAAGAAACAAUGAAAAUAUACAAUAAGUAAUGGUAACAGGACUGCGUAGAGUCCAAUUCUGUCUGUAAUCAUACGAGUGAUUAACAAAAUCGGACGACCGCGUAGCGGGAGUGCGAUUUGUUUAAUCACGAGUAUGAUUACAGACCGAAUUGGACGACACGAAGUUCUGUUACCAAUUAAUCAUAACUUUAACAAAAUUUGUGAUAUAAUAGGGUAUUCUUUUUAAAUCAAAACACAAGAAAUUCGAAUUUUUGUUUUGCUAGCAGUGAAAAAAAAAAGCCAUUUAAGCGCGCGCGUGAUGGCGCGUACUGUCCAAUUACUUAGGCAUGACGCGUACUGUCCUAUUAAACUGUCCAAUUAAGGCUGAAAUCAGGGCAGUUGAUCACCAAUCAGAUUUGGCAAUUUUGUUAUAGUUAUGAUUAAACUACUAACAUGGGGACUGUAAAUACAAUUUAUGUAGGGGCCCAUCUGCGAACUGGAUCAACUGCUGUCCAGCAAACCUUUCGUCUAAAAAAGCUGUUCAAACACGAGCAGUUUAGCAUGAGACAUCUGAGAAAUGAUAUCGCCCUACUGCAACUGGAGAGACCAAUUUUAGCUAGUUCUAAAGUAAACACUGUGUGUUUGCCGUCAUCUGGAACCAGGAUACCUACAGGAUCACGAUGCUAUAUCACAGGUACUCCAGUUCGAAAUUGUUUGUGACUAGAAUACAUUAAAAUCAGGUACAGUAUUAGUGAUGAGGGUAAAUCACUGUUUUAAAAACGGUUAGCGCUCAAUAAUAUAACAAUCAAUGCCAUGUAAAGUACGUUAAAAUUAUUCUGCACCGGCAGUCAGCCCUUGAUAGUUUAGUGGAUACGGAUGUGGAUUAUACAUUAAAUGUGCGGGUUNAGGUUACUAUCGCUAUUGAUAAUGGCUUAUCAUUUCAAAAUGUUAAAAACUCAUAAUGUGUGCAUUGCUGUUUCUAGAUUCUUAGCCACAGGAUUGACAAGCAGUACUACAUGGCAGGAACAAAAAUACCGUUACAAGGAAGGUUGGUUUACAGCUUUUACUGAAUAAUACCGUUAACUGUUUCUUCUAAACUCAGAGCGUGUUUGUCUACAAGGUUAAGAUAUUUAAAUUUUGCCUUCCUAAACAAUGACAAUGGUAUAGUACCAAAUCCUCUGCUAAAUGAUAGAGAAGUUCCAGAAGGUGGCAAAGGAUUGCAAGAUGGAAAUGGACUACAGCUUGAGAAAAAUUUUUGAGUGGGGCAGGAGAGGGGCGCGGGAGUCCGGUAGAAUAGGGGAUGGGAUGGGGUAAAGAGAGGAGAGAGGGGGACUUGGAGUUCUAAAAGGGCGGGAAGUUAGAAAAAUAGGGAGAAUGAAAGCCGUUUCAAAGUCGUUCCACAGUCGAAACUUCCCGGCCCAGCUAGGUGUGAAGAACGGCUGAGCCGUUCCAAAUUGAAAUAGGCGUUUCUAAUUGAUUCAGACGCCGAACUUUUCAUGUACUUAAUUCACCGAGUGGGCCUCAUUAGGCAGAUUAAGCUAAGACAACGCAAUGUCCAAUAAGAACGCAAAGGGCCGCAAAAAGGACUGAACACGACUUCGGGUGCUUUAUUUGCCGCUCUGCCAAAUGAAUUUUUAAAAGUUAUGUUCCAUUUGUCCGACCACCGACUCUCACGCAUUCCCGAAAAAAAAAAUAGAAAAGGCUUGUUAUCUUCACUGCGUCGUCGCGUAGUCUUUGCUAAAUCUUCCUACUGGAUCCUGUGCGCCCUUAACCAUUAACUGUAUCUUAGCAAUUUGUUUCAGUAUCUACAAUUUGUAAUUUGAUUGGUAGGUAUGAUGUAGACAACACAGACCUGUUGCAGCUGAGGCUUCUUUCACAACAAAAGCAAUUGUCGGAUUUCAAGGCUGCCAAAGACACAAAGUAAGUGAUUUUCUUUUUCUUUUUUGUCUUUUUUGUUUUUUUUUUGUCUUUUUUUUUUUUUUCUUUUUUUCUUUGUUUCUUUUUUUUUUUUUUUUUUUUUUUUUUUUUUUUUUUGCCGAGGACAAUCAGAGACUUUCUCAAAGCUUCUGCUUACUUGAGUCACUCUCGUCUCAGUCGUGACUUCUUCGUUCGCUUUCUCUCUUUGCGAGCGUUCCUCGCACCUUCAGCGCUUUCCCGAGGCCGACUAAUGACAAGUCUAAAAUAUACCCAGCCUUUUAACCUUUAUAAUACCGAAUAAGUAACUGAAUACAUAGAAAACAAACACAACCACAUAAAAUGCAUUUAUGAUAAUUUUCUUAAGGAUGGGGACGCACCGUUGGUGGAGGUUCAGCUGCUGAUGUUCUACAACAGGCCAUGUUGCCAGUUGCAGCUCAUAGCGCCUGCAGUCGAGUCAACGGAAGGUUAAUUCCUGUUGAUGAGAAAUCGAUGAUUUGCGCUGGCGGGCAAGGCAAGGGUGGAUGUCAGGUAGAUUGACUAUAGUAUAUUCCUGAUUUUAACCGUCUUUAUUUUGACCUAACGUCUGAAUAAUCAAGGAUUGAAAGUCCUCAAUCGAUAGGAGACUUUUUCCGCUCAUUUAUCCCUCCAUUUCUUCCUUAAAGGGAGACAGCGGAGGUCCUUUUGUGUGCAGUGAAGGUGGCAGAUUUGUGUUACGAGGUGCUGUUAGCUGGGGACAUUCAAUGUGCAGGACUGAUCACUAUACCGUGUUCGCUCGUGUGAGCAGUUUCAUAAACUGGAUUAACCAGAAAAUGUCAGGUACCCGAACAAAGUUUUCUUAG